CAUGUUGACGUGGUCGAAUGGUUGUUCUAUUUGCAUGUAAACACAGGAGUUACUUAAUUUUAUAACCAAUCUUUGCAUGGAAAACGUAAGUAUUCCCGUUAAUGAUGUAGGGGAUGGGAGCAGUGAAGGGGAGGAGGAUUUUGAAAGUGCUGAUGAGGGCGAAGGCAAAGAAAAAGCAGGCACAAAAUGCGAAUAUGUCUCUGGCAAUGACAGUAUAGUGGUAACAAAUAGUGGCGAAACAGAGAAAAUUAUGACGGACACUAUAUCAGAAGGAAUCCAGUACACGAGAGGAAAUGGAGCACAUUCUGGAAAAACGGUUGAUGAUGAAACAGGCAGCCUUAAAGGCACUGAGAAGAGAUCGGAGUCAAUGCUUGACGAACAAUCCUUAGAAAGCAAUAUUGGUACUAGUGGACACAAAAAGGAUAUUUCUGAGGGUCGAGACACACGAGAAAAUAAAGAAACAAUCAAUACUGCUACAAAGGUUGAUGAAGGAAAACCUGGACAAAAUGAAAAUGGUCAAAAGAGCACCCAACAAAACAAAUCGAGUAGUGUUAGUGCUCAACAAAAUGAAUCAAGUAGUUCUUCUGUCAGUGGUGGUUGGGUAUGGGGAUCAUGGAGCACAGUUUUGAAUCAAGCCACAAGUACAAUGACGUCUGGUUUGUCCCAAGUCAUUGAAAAAGUGGAAACAACACUUGGUAUACCUGAGCCAGGUGAACUAGAAGAUGAAGCCUAUCCUAAAGACGAAAAGAAAGACGUCAUUACAAUGGAGCCGACACCUGCUGAGAUUGAUCGGAAUAUUGAUGAAAGCAACAGUAAUGCAGAUACCGAUAGCAAAGGCUCGGACUCCUUCUUCUCAUCUUGGGGAUUAACGUCUCUGUCCAGUGCAGUAACAAGCAAAGGAAUUGAACUGGUAACAGAAGGCAUAGAUGCGUUGGAGACAAUUGGAAAAAAAACGAUGGAUGUUAUUUCUGAAGGUGACCCAGGUUUUCGUGUUAAAAGAGACAUGUUUAAGAAACCAUCGUUAUCUCAGAUUUUGCGUGAAGCCAAAGAAGAAAGCGCUAAACAAGCUGCGGAAAAAAAGACACAAGAGGUUUUGGAGAAAGUGAAUUUUAAUGAUGAAUUUGAUCGAUUUCAAGGUCUCGCACAUCUUGAGGCAUUAGAAAUUCUUUCUCGGGAAUGUGAAGCCAAGAUUGAGUCGGCCCUUAUUGAUAUAUUUGAGGACGACCUUGGGCAAGCAAAAACUAAACUCCGGGCAAUUGAAGAUGCGUUUGGUAAAACUACCCCGAACGAGGAAGAUCGCGAGGAAAGCGUGAACACAGAGUUUGCUGUCGAAAUCGGCAAGUGUGCAAUGGCCCUGAAUCUAGCCUUUGUGCCGAACAAAUUAAACCAGACUGAAGAGUCAAUCAGUGAAUGGCUGAAGCAGUGCGCGAAAGACCAAGAAACGUCGGCAAAUUGCCGUCGACCUGACGACAUAUUCUCUCACGUAAUCACCAGUCUUGCUGACAUCACAGCGAAAUCGGUCGAAGUGUUUCGAAAGGUUGCCGAAAUGAUCCUGCUGGUGGACGAUAAAGACAACACAGUGACUGCUGAAGAUCGGGCGACCCGUUUGUGCUCAAUGACGAGAGUCGUAACGAAUCGCAUAUCGAGUUUGUCAACCAGUUACGCCCAGUGUUUGAAUACGGCUGUGAAUGAGACUGAGGACGAUGAUAAUAUAACACCACUAAUUACUGAAGUUUAUCUUGAAUGUUCAAACAGUUCAUCGCACGUUCAAGACGCCUAUAAACUACUUCUACCCGUUUUACAGGUUUCGGCUUUGAAUAGUAUGAAGACAAAAUGAGAGAUAUAUAAUAUGUAUAUGGAGCAGAACGUAUUCUAUAUAUUGCUGCGUAGAAGUUUUAUAACUUUAUAUACAGAGAUAACUUUUGUAAUAAUGCGGGAAUGAUAUAUAUUAACCCUAUAUAUGUUUCCUUUUUUUUGCGCUCUCAUAUUAGGCCUUUUUGAAUCCGCUAUUUUUGCAAAAGAAUUCGAUUCUUGCAAAAUGCGUAAUUUUUGGAUUUUACGUGACCUCGUCGAGUCCUGUGGUGAUCAACUCGAAACUAAGACUCGACGGUUAAAACGAUUUAUGUGUAAUCGUGGCUCACACUCCUGUGCUGCGUAAUCAUCGAAACAUUUUAGGUGAACCAUCAGUUAAAUCACUUAUUAAAACUAACUAAUUUAUAGAAAGCCAUUAAGAAGGCCAUAUUGUUUUAAACUGGUCUUUCUGCAUAUAAUAUAUAACACUACUACGAAGCCUAAAAAUAAUAUAAUUUCU